AAGGAAAGAGAAAUAGGGAAAACUUUGAAGAAGAAGCAACAGAAUCACUUGAGCAAUGUCAAUGACAAUGGGUAUUUGUGUCUCUUCCACUUUCAAAGUUUGUUACUAUAAUCACAAUAAGGCAGUAACAGUAACGGCGCAGAAGAUGAGUGUUCGUGUUCCUUACAAUCUGAAGGAAGGGCAAUCUCGUAUUUUCCACAAACUCCCUUCAGGGUUGAACAUGGAAGUCAUUGUCCAAAAGAAGAAGAAAACUAGAAAUUUUGUUGAAGAUGAAAAUCAUUACCAUCCACCUCUGGUAUUCGUUCAUGGAAGUUACCAUGCUGCUUGGUGUUGGGCUCAACAUUGGUUGCCAUUCUUCUCUCAAUCUGGCCAUGAUUGCUACGCUCUCUCCUUGCUUGGACAGGGAGAAAGCGAUGAACCGGUUGAUUCAGUUGCCGGUACACUUCAGACACAUGCAAGAGAUGUUGCAGAUUUUAUUCAUCGAAACGUUCAAUCGCCACCCGUCUUACUCGGACACUCAUUUGGAGGACUCAUUGUUCAAUAUUAUAUUUCAAAUUUAGGAAAUGACAGAUUCAAAGAGAAUUUAUAUCCGGAGCUAAUCGGAGCUGUCCUUGUUUGUUCUGUUCCUCCUUCUGGUAACAGUGGACUAGUCUGGCGAUAUCUGUUUUCGAAGCCGGUCGCUGCCUUCAAGGUUACAUACAGCUUGGCAGCAAAAGGUUUUCAAAGCUCUAUUUCUCUUUGCAAGGAGACGUUUUUCUCAGACACCAUGGAGGAUCGUGUCGUUAAAAGAUAUCAAGAACUAAUGAAAGAAAGUUCGCGGAUGCCGUUGUUUGAUUUGAGAAAACUGAAUGCUUCACUUCCUGUUCCUUCGGUUCCAAACUCGUCUCUUAAAGUUCUUGUUUUGGGUGCAAACGAUGACUUCAUCGUGGAUGCAGAGGGACUGAAAGAAACCGCAGAAUUUUAUGGUGUGUCAGCUGUAUGUGUUGAAGCAGUUGCUCAUGACAUGAUGUUGGACACUUCAUGGGAGAAAGGUGCAGAAGUUAUUCUUUCAUGGCUUAAGGGUUUAAUCAAUUAAGAAGAAGGAAAAUAGCAGAUAAUGAUUGCUUCAAAUCUUUGACAAGAACAGAGGAGGGUCCAAAUAGGAAUUUGAUUGAACUAUAUUAUACUGUAAUCUAAGCAUCCUUGUUCAUAAAUUUGUUUGCAGUUCUAUGAGCAUUUAAAAGUGCUUCUUAUUGCUUAAAUUUUCUCUAUUUAAGACUUGUUUGAAUUGACUUAUAUGAGCUUUUCUAAUGAUAUGUUUUGUGAGACGGUUGCGAAGAGU